GCUAGGCUGGCUGUCUAGCAGUCGUACUCCUCGGCCUUCUCCGUCUCCGUUUUUUAGAAGGUCUCGGCGUGCGCCGUCUACUGAGCCAUUCACGUGGCACCUCCAAGCGUGCGACGCCAGCCCUUCGCCAUUUUGCCCCAGGCGGGGCUGAGAGGAUUUUUCGGCACGCGCUGCCGCCUGCGCCUGGGGCUCCACGAACACAGAUGUUAGUGGUAAGCGUCGCUCGCCCGGUCCUUCAGCGGACGGCCUACGCCCAGAGGGCAUGGAGGCUGCUCUCCACGGCUGCCGUCGGGAGGCACCUGCCCACAGACGGCAAGCAGGCGGUAUCGGGCUGCCUUGCAGGGGCGUCUGGAGGGAAGCAGGAGCGUGGCAUCCGAACGUGUACCACCACUGCUGGGUCGCCUCACGGUGGUGCGCUCGUGGACUUGAUGGUGAAGGAUGCGGCCAAGGCCAAGCAGCUGGUGGCGGCCUGCGUUAAGGAUAUCGAGCUCAACGAGAGGCAGGCCUGCGAUGUGUUCUGCCUGCUCAAUGGCGCCUUCAGCCCGCUCAAGGGUUUCAUGGACGAGACGACCUACACUUCCGUGGUGAAGGACAUGCGGUUACCCGAGAAGCAGUUGUUCGGGUUGCCCGUCAUCCGUGAUGUCUCCGAUACCGCUGGCUUCAAGGCGGGUGACAAGGUCUUGCUGAAGUGGAAGGGCGAAGGAGUUGCCGUAUUAGAGGCCUCCUCCAUCUACAAGCCCGACAAGACCGUGGAGGCCAUGAACGUCUACGGCACGUCCAGCCUCGAGCAUCCAACGGAGAAUAUGCAUUCAUUGGUCCAGGACGUGGGGAAGUACUACGUCGGUGGGAACUUGCACGGCAUCAAGAGCCCCGCCUUUCCGUAUCCCGUGCAGGCUCCGUCCGAGGUGCGCGGCAUGCUCCCCGAAGGCAAGCCCGUCGUGGCUUUCCAGAACAGGAACCCGAUCCACCGUGCGCACUUCGAGCUUCUGAUAUGUGCCCAGCGUGACGUCAAGGACUCCAUCCUUCUGGUGCACCCGACGUGUGGACCAACUCAGCCUGGCGAUAUCGAUGGCGUGGUCAGGAUCAAAACUUACGAGGCGCUGAAGGAGGAAACGAAGGAGAAGUAUCCGAUGUUCCGCUGGGCCUACCUGCCGUACAGCAUGAAGAUGGCCGGACCUCGCGAGGCUAUCCAGCACAUGAUCAUUCGCAAGAACUACGGUGCCACACACUUCAUCAUUGGCCGCGACAUGGCCGGGACCAAGAGCACUAUUACCGGUGAUGAUUUUUACGGGGCGUACGAUGCGCAGGAGACAGGCAAGAAGUUCGAAGCGGAGCUUGGUGACUGGGGCCGAGAA